GUCCUGAAGGCAACUAAUGCAAGGACCGUGUACUGCCUCAACGGCUAUCACAGUUAUGAGGUACCGCGACAAGCAGUGGGCCUGGCGGCACUCUUUCGCAUCAUGGAGGCCGCAAUGCUGACCUCCAACAACGCUGCAACAUUAAAGAACCUGCUCGGGGCUACUCAGGUGACGAGGAAGCGCCCUAGCCUCAGGAAGCAACCGGAGUUGGCGUCAGGGCAGGAGGUGGGGAUCACCACGCCAACAGGGCAACGCACGGAUUGCCCAAGUUCCCGGACGGUGGGCGAGCAAGAGGAGGGUGCGCUACCACGCGAGCUAACACAGCCGCAGCAGCUGCGGCGAGAGCGUCCGAGGCUCCUGGACGAGCAACAGCGGCUGCGGCUGGGUUUGGUGGAUUGGGCUGUGUCCAGUGCGACCCUGGAGAGCGUCUUCACACGGAUCGCGCGGGAGGCGGGGGCGGUGGUUGAGGCCGCGGGGCCGUGAGGUUCUUGUGCUGUGGCGUGCUGGAAGGGAAGGGGAAAUAUGGAAGCCAUGGAUGAGGGUUGAAGAAGGGGCCGGGGCGGCUGAGGUGAAUGAGGUUGGCAGGGGUCAGGCAGAGAGGCAGGCCUGGUGACUGGGACUGAGGGUUUGUUGAGUGGAAAAGGAGUUAAGGCGUCGGCACGGUGCAAGUGCUUUGCGUUUAAUAAAGCCUGAACUUUGCGAUAUUGUAGAAUGAGUGACAAAUGAUUGCAGG